GCGUGGCCGGGCCCUCCCCCGGUAUAAGCGGCGGGGGGCGGGGCUCUCGCUCUCUCUGCGCUUCGCUCGCAAGAUGGCGGAGGCGACCAACUGCACCAUGGAGAAUUUUGUAGCCACCCUGGCUAAUGGGAUGAGCCUGCAGACUGCGAUAGAAGAUGUGUCCUGCCCCCAGGCCGAGAGCAGCGUGAAGCCCACAGCCGAGGAGAUGACGUCCAAGGAUUAUUACUUUGACUCCUACGCCCACUUCGGCAUCCAUGAGGAGAUGCUGAAGGACGAGGUUCGCACUCUGACCUACAGAAACUCCAUGUUCCACAACCGGCACCUCUUCAAGGACAAGGUGGUUCUGGACGUGGGCAGCGGCACCGGGAUUCUCUGCAUGUUCGCGGCCAAGGCGGGUGCCAAGCGGGUCAUCGGGAUCGAGUGCUCCAGCAUCUCCGAUUACGCCGUCAAAAUCGUCAAAGCCAACAAGCUGGACCACGUGGUGUCCAUCAUCAAAGGCAAGGUGGAGGAGGUGGAGCUGCCGGUGGAGAAGGUCGACAUCAUCAUCAGCGAGUGGAUGGGAUACUGCCUCUUCUACGAGUCCAUGCUCAACACCGUCAUCUACGCCCGCGACAAGUGGCUGACCCCCGACGGACUCAUCUUCCCUGACCGGGCCACCCUGUACGUCACGGCCAUUGAGGACCGGCAGUACAAGGACUACAAGAUCCACUGGUGGGAGAACGUCUACGGCUUCGACAUGUCCUGCAUCAAGGACGUGGCCAUCAAGGAGCCGCUGGUGGACGUGGUGGAUCCAAAGCAGCUGGUCACCAACGCCUGCCUCAUCAAGGAGGUGGACAUCUACACGGUGAAGGUGGAGGACCUGACGUUCACCUCGCCCUUCUGCCUCCAAGUGAAACGUAACGACUACAUCCACGCGCUCGUAGCGUAUUUCAACAUCGAGUUCACCCGCUGCCACAAGCGCACCGGCUUCUCCACCAGUACGAGGGGGCGGGACCAGGGGAGGGGAUCCUGGUGA